AUGAAGGAAAAUGGGCAUUUUGCUAGAGACCACAACGUGGCCAAGAAAAGCCCACAACAUGAUGGACACGUGUUUCCAUGCCAUAUAGACUCCACAUAUACAUUAGCGGACAACAAAAUAUUCAAAGUUGGAAUAUAUGAGAUUGAUGAUGACUGGAAGCCCUUCUUGACUCAUAAUUAUGACAAUGAUAUGGAAUCAUAUGAUGAAGAUGAUAAGGAUGCCAUCUCUGAUACAAUGAUUGUUGAGGAAGAGAACAAGUCUGAUGAUAUGAGUGACACGUUAGAAGAAGGAGAAAUUGAGUCAGAUUUCGAGUCGGAAUGA